AUGAAGGAAUUGCCCCAGUUCUCGAGCUCCAUCCGAAAGCUGUCAAGAGGCCCCUUUCACCAACGCACCCGAAGGCAGCAUUCAGCCCACCAAAAACGCCCCCACCACCCCGUAACCCCUUCGCCCGCCCCGCACGCCACCUACGCCCCCACACCAACGGCCCUAAAACCCUUCUCCCUUCGACGCGGUAACUCCGACGAAUCCUUGGGCCGCAGCGAGGACUUGGCGAGGGAGAUCGAGAAGGCUGGGAAGAUGAAAAGUUGGGAGCAGUGUGACCUCAGGUCACCUUCAAGCUCAAAUAUCUGCUCAGUCCUAAGAUUUUAUAAUGCGGAAGAAGAAAAUGUAGUUAGUAGACGUCCGCCUCUCUUACUGCACGUGUAUUCCACAAGGAUGUCGGUUGCCACCACACAGCGCCUGGUGCCAAUUCGGCCAUCGCCACACAAGGGCGUGACAGUGUCUAAGAACGUCACAGUGAUCACAACUUCGGCUUCUCCCGCCACGUUAACGCCGCCCAAGACGGGACUCAAAAGGAAAUUGGCAGAUCCAAGUCCCGAACCUGUGAAGUGUAAGCGACGCAUCAACUUUAGUGGCGUCGGGUAUGUAGUGUCGCCAGUGCCCGUGACAGUAGCCCGCCGAAAUGCCCGUGAGAGGAACCGUGUCAAGCAAGUGAACAACGGCUUUGCAACGCUGCGCCAACACAUACCCGGAGCCGCCAAAGCCAAGAAGAUUAGCAAAGUAGAAACCUUAAAACAGGCAGUGGAGUAUAUAAGAUCUUUACAGGAGUUGUUGGACACGCACGAUGCCCUGAUGCACCGCACCAACACGCUCGUCGCCUCCAGCCAGCCCUCGCCCGCGCCCAAGGAGCCAUCACACCCUUACACCAACGCCGUGGCGCCCACGACUGUCUUGUCCCAGCAACAGUACCGUGUUUUACAGUACCCAAGCUACUAUUACAGUGAAAACGUGUCUCCAGUGCCUGCGUCAGUGUACCCCAUGAACGUAUCUGCAGUGUCUCCCACGUGCAGUGACGCAGCGGUGUCCCCAACGCCUUCGUACGAUUCCGCGUACUCGUCGCAGUCCUCUCACGAGACGCCGGUCACGGUCACCACCACCAGCCUAAGCAACAUGUUCAACCCAGCCAGCACCACGACCCUGCCGGACACCUACGACCCCCUGGACGCCUACGAGUCAGCCACGUCGCCCGAGGACGAGGAGCUACUAGACGCCAUCGCCCUGUGGCAGCAGUGUCAAUAGCAGGUCCUACAAGGGAAAGAAUCUAGUCAUGCUUGUCUAUCAUCAUGUACUGCUGGUCAACUUCUCCAGUCCAUCUUCUACCAAGUCCAGGAGACCUUCUGAGGACACAGUCUCCAAACUUUAAAGUCUUUAAGUCCUCAUAACUUUGGAGCUUUAUAUCUUAAACUUUCAAGAACAAGGCGUGUAUUUUACUAUAGCUUCUCAAGUUCUACUGACUCGCUUCGUGAAUUUCGCCCACCAAGAAGAUUCCAGGAAUCCAAGGAAAGCCGAUCUCCCAGCCUCGAGAGUCCGCCGACCGAGUUUUCCAGGCGCACGAAUAGGCUGUGCGGAGGGCCCAGCGCCCGGAGUCCAGCCGACCACCGCCCUUCCCGAAGAGCUUGCCGUGUUCGAGUCCGAGGACGCUGCUGUCUCGCAAGAAGAGGAAGGCAGAAAGGGGCUGCCCACUUUCUAAUGCUAAUAAUAAUCGAUAUCGUGCAGUUCCACAACGGACUUAACCCUAGGAAUAAGGAAGGCUAUAGCGAUGAAAGAGGCGGUAAAGAUAGAAGAGUUAGAAGAGCAACGUGAUACAAAGAAAAAUCCGGUCGACCAACCAUAAAACAAGUGAACAAAAGAAAAAAAAGGUAUAACAGCCAACAACGGACAGGCACUGGGGGACCGUUGUAGCUAGAAGUCUCCCGUUGUCUCAUUGGUGUCUUGAAGUUGUAGAUUCACAAGUCUCCUAUUAGUAUUGUAAAUCUCUAGCAGACUCACUUUAAAAGAAGCAUGACAAGAUAAAAAGAUGGGAAGAUACAGUUCAUAUAUUCAUUGUUUCUCUUUGGUGGGGAAGGAAUUAUCUG